GGCUCGGGGCUCCGCGGCUCAGCCUCGCGGACCACGCGGCGCGCCGUUUUACAGGAAAGAAUUUCAUCUUGGAACCUGAUAGAAAAAUGAACAUCUCUGUUACACUGAACCCGAACUUGCCUGGGUGGGUUCUAUUUAUAGGAGGGAUCACACUUGGAGAAAAAGCUAGGAAUAAAAUGAAGAAUUAUGGUCAGAAAAGAAAAGAGAAAGAAAUUUGCUUGCGUGCUGUCUGCGCUCUGUUGAAUUCUGGAGGUGGCAUGAUGGAGGCUGUCAUUAAGAAUGUAGACUAUGAAUUGAACAGAGAUGGGAUAGGACAUGAUUUGGAAACAUCUUUCUAUAAAAUGGUGCCAUUUGUUCACAAAAACCUAGACUUCAAGCAGAAGCAAAGGCACUUUCAUAUUUUUAUAAAAUCUUGGACUCCAGAUAUCUACGGCCAGUGUAUUGUCACCUUGAAAACCAACUUAUACAUAAGAAAUUUUUCGUCUUCAGAUAACAUGAAAGGUCAUGCUGCACUGGAGUUCCUUACAAACAUGAAGGAAUCUGGAGGAAGAUUGUGUUCAACAUUAACAGACUCUCCUGUGGAAGAAUUGGCUUCUUAUUUUAAUAAGUCAAAAUUUACAUGCAAAGAUAAAUUCCCCUUUACUAAAUCCAUGCAUGUUGAACUUAAAUUUUUCUCCCCCAAAAACAUUCCAGAAUGCAUUAAGAAAAUUCUUCCUCCAAUUGUUUCUGCAUUUGCAAAUACAGAGGGGGGCUACCUGUUCCUUGGCAUUGAUGGAAAGGAACAGCAAAUAACUGGUUUCAAAGCCAAGAAGAAUGAUCUAGAGAAGUUAGAAAGUGAAAUAAGUGAGUGUAUUCAUCAACUACCUGUCUAUCACUUCUGUGAGAAGAAGGAAGAGAUAAUAUUCUCGUGCAAAUUCGUCGAAGUCCACGAUGACGCAGGAAGUGUUUGUUCAUACGUCUGUGCACUCAGGGUGGAGAGAUUCUGCUGUGCCGUGUUUGCUAAAGAGCCUGACUCCUGGCAAGUGAACGACAGCGGUGUGAAGGCCUUUACCACCGAGGAAUGGGUCACUCGCCUGGUGAACUACAAGCCAGGUCUCCCAAAGUCAGUAGAAGAAUCUACCCUUCAAUCAAGUGUGUUACCACACAGUUUAUACAGCAGGAGUGCUUAUGGUCAUCUGGAAAAUCAGCAGCAGAGUUACCAGCUUCAAGUGCCAUCAGGGAUGGUGACAUGUAUUCCAGAAGUUCUCUGCAAGGAACUGUUCUUGCAACAUGAAGGACUUCAACAAUUAAUACAGAAGGAAAUGGACUCUGCUGAUGAAGGCACGCUGCUUUUCUCCAAGAGCUGGUCUUUGGACCUGGGCUUGCAAGAAAAUCAGGAAGUCAUUUGCGACGUGCUUCUCAUUUGCCCACGCAAGCUACCAACUCUAUACAGCAUCGUCAGGGUGGGAGAGGAGGGAGAAGGCAAUUCAACUGCUCUUGAGGAGCCAGGUGAUAAACUACAAGAUUAUGUUAAACAAAUUACCCUAACUUUGAAGUAUACCUUAGUAAACCUCGGUGGCUAUACCGGAAAACUGGGAAUUGUGAUGAAGGUACUGUACCUGAGUCAUAAGGCAACCUCUCCUUACGACUCAAGCUCAAAAAUAUAUUACCCUGUAUCUUAUUAUGUUACGACUGAAAUGAGGAGAAGCUUACUGACAGCUCUUCUUAAAGUCUUAAAGGCAAAUAAACUGGAACAGAAUGUCAAAUUCUGGGAAAGUGAACUAGCCUUGCAAUUAAGCAAUGAUAAUACUUCGCUUUAAAUAUCAUUUGACACUGGGCGUGGUGGCACAUGCCUUUAAUACCAGUACUCAGGAGGCAGAGGUAGGAGGAUCGCCCUGAAUUUGAGGCCAGCCUGAGACUACAUACGGGUGAGCAUAUAUGUGCAGGAGUUUAUGAAUAUGUGAAUAAGUGUAUGUGGAGGCCAUCAGACAACCUCAGAUGUUGAUUCAAGUGCCUUAACUGCUA